CAUCCAAGGAAUAGAAAGUUCUGGACUCAACUAUUUACUCAGAUGUUUUCAGACUUGAACUGCACAACAAAAAGGCAUCAUAAAACAUUUGCUCCCUGAUUCCACAUAACAAACAUCAGUUUUCCCGGGGAUCUAAGAGCUCUUAGGAAGCCAAGCUUUGAACAAUGAAGAUCUUUCUGGCUUUCUUUGUUGCAUUGGUCAGCAUUGUGACCCUGGGUGAUGCAUCCUGCUUAACUGCACUUCGAAAGCCAUGGUGGCCCCAAAAAGGCUGUAUGAUGAAUGGAAAAAUCUAUCCCCUUGGACACAUUGAGAGGACAGAAUUUUGCUACAAUUGUGACUGUGAGAAAGAUCAAAUAAGAUGCUGUUCCCUCAUGAUACAUCCCCCUUAUUACGAUGGAGAGAAAUGUAAAGUCAUUUUCAACAGAAAGAGCUGUGACUAUGAUGUGGUGCAGAAGGAUGACCCCUCUAAGGCGUGUCGUUUGGUUGUUCGUGUGGGCUAACACCUGCUCCAAACUUCUCUGCACUGUGGAACUCCUUCCUACAGUUGCUUUGCCAUCACAGAGAAGCACCACGACAUGGGAAAAUCUCCUAAGAGGGAGCACUUCAGUAGCUUCCUUCUAACCUCCUAAUUGUUAUAAUUCAGCUUAUAAAAUGCAUAAUCC